AUCGAGUUACAAUACGCCCCAUCUUUAAGCCCAGUCUAUGCGCCGUUAGCCGGAGUACAACAGGACACGUCCUGUGUAAGCCGCCAGCCAAGGGUCAACGCCUGUGCCUUGACUACGUGAAGAGUAACACUCAUUGUCUGAUAGGCAGCUAUCACAUCUACCAGGAAUAAAAGACAUGAUUGAGACAAUGGAUACCCAGCGUGCCUUGCAGGCAGUGGAGCGUCUCCAGGCCAAGCUGAAGGACCGGGGGGAGGUCCCCACUGAGGAGAAGCUCAGCCUGCUCAAGUCAGUUCUCCAGAGCCCCCUGUUCCACCAGAUUCUGGCCCUGCAGAAGUCUGUCCAGCUCCUCAAAGACCAGGGUGGUGUCACAUCAACACUUAGCGGUGACCUGAGUGAAUGCUACACAUCAGCCCAGGCCAAUGGUGGCCAUCUUGCCUACCCAGAAGCCUCCACUAGUACACAGGUCAAUGGGAAGCAAUCGCCUGAGGAGUUUGAGCACAUCAUUCGCUCCAUGGCUCAGGGGCGCUACGUGACGCACAUGGAGCUGGUGAAGCCGCUGUCUCGGGGUCUGGGCUUCAGCGUGGUUGGCCUGAGGAGCGAGAACUGUGGAGAGCUGGGCAUCUUCGUCCAGGAGAUCCAGCCCGGGAGCGUGGCCCACUGCGAUGGGAAGCUGAAGGAGUCAGACCAGAUCUUGGCCAUCAACGGUCAACCCCUGGACCAGACAGUGACCCACCAGCAGGCCAUAGGCAUCCUGCAGCGAGCGUCUGAGUGCGUGCAGCUCACCAUAGCCAGAGGACCCAUCCCUCAGCUGGCCAGCCCCGUGGUGUCCCGUACCCCCUCCGCUGCCAGCACCCUGUCUGCCCACUCCAGUGCGGCCCACUGGAAUCAUGUGGAGACCAUGGAGCUGGUCAACGAUGGGACAGGCCUGGGCUUUGGCAUUGUAGGAGGAAAGACCACCGGUGUCAUUGUCAAAACCAUCCUGCCUGGAGGCAUCGCUGAUCAGGAUGGGCAUCUGCGCAGUGGGGACCACAUCCUCAAGAUUGGGGACACUGACCUAUAUGGCAUGGGAAGUGAGCAGGUGGCUCAGGUCCUGAGGCAGUGUGGUAACAGAGUGAAGUUGGUCAUCACCAGAGGCCCUCCAGAGGAGACCGCCAUCGUCCCAAUGGUGUUGCCCACGGUCACAGAGCAACAGGGAUACGAGGAAGAGGAGGACGAAGCGUUCGACGUUGGGCUGACCAAGAACGCCCAGGGUCUGGGAAUCACCAUCGCCGGCUAUGUGGGGGACAAAAAUUCUGAGCCCUCUGGUAUUUUCGUGAAAAGUAUAACUAAAGACAGUGCGGUAGAGCAAGACGGCCGGAUCCAUGUUGGGGACCAGAUCAUAGCCGUGGACGGUAAUAACAUCCAGGGCUACACCAACCAGCAGGCCGUGGAGGUGCUGAGACACACGAGCCAGACCGUUCACCUGAAGCUGAUCAGGCGAGGCUUCCGUCCAGAGGAUAUCCCACCCGCUGUGGUGCCCAGUGUGAUCGUAGUCUCACCAACCCCAGGGGGCAGAGACACGACACUGGAGAGGACAGAUGUUGUGGACGCCACCACUCAAGAUAAGAAACAGUACCAGGCAUUGAGUGGGGAAUCUGAUGUCACCAAUGUGAAGGAUCAGUUAACUGAGAACACCAGAGACGAAGCAAAGCUAACAGAGGAUGAAGAGUUGGAGCUGAAGAAGAAGUGGCAGGAGACUCUUGGCCCCAGCAACGAAGUAGUGGUUGCCCGGGUGGAGAAGUUCAGUGAGAGCAGUGGUCUGGGAAUCAGUCUGGAUGCCAACAGUGGGCACCACUACAUCCGCUCCGUCCUGCCAGAGGGGCCAGUGGGACGCUGUGGGAAACUCUUCAGUGGGGACGAACUCCUCGAAGUAAGGGACACCGCCAAUAGCGAGAACAUGGUCAAUGGAAUAUCCCUGAUUGGUGAGACCCACAAGGAAGUGGUGAGCAUUCUGAAGGAGCUGCCUGUCUGUGUCUACAUGGCCUGCUGUAGGCCCGCCCCUCUCCUGAAGAGUGACAGGGAUUCUGGCCAACCAGGGUUGGAUGAAUUUGCUACUGAACCUAAAAUGAAGAUACAGGGAGACCUUGGCAGUUUCCUGGUUUUCGAAGGUUCUGAGGGGGUGGCGACGGGGGAAAAUGUAACAGAUGAGACACUCGGAGCUCCUUUGGCCAUGUGGGAGACGGAGAUACAGGACAUUGAGCUGGAGAAGGGUGAGAGCGGACUGGGAUUCAGCAUCUUGGACUACCAGGACCCAAUGGAUCCUGCCAAGACUGUGAUUGUGAUUCGCUCUCUGGUGUCUGAAGGAGUGGCAGAACAGGAUGGCAGGCUAUUGCCAGGUGACCGGCUCAUGUUCGUCAACAGCACCAACCUGGACAACGCCAGUCUGGAGGACGCCGUCCAGGCAUUGAAGGGGGCUAACAUCGGCAAGGUCCACAUUGGGGUGGCCAAGCCACUACCUCCGUACAAUGAAGAGGGCAGUCUGUCGUCAUUCUCGGGAAUCUGUUCUUUUAUAUUCAACACUCUGCUGCUUAAAGAGAGAGAGGAGGAGCCAGCAGAGGGCCGCCAUUUCUGGGCAGAGCCUGCAUUGAUUGACUCCAAUGAGGUAGACCUGACCGACGAGAGGGUGUUGGCGCAUCGCUUCUCUGGCGAGGAGGAUGACACCUUCCAGGCGUCCAUGAUUGCUCUCCACGGCAGCACCUGCAGCGCUGACCUGUCCUACCAGAUGAUCUUGCAGUCCUCCACACCCAAGCGGAGUGCUCGUCUGGACUUGUUGACCGAACAUCCCUUCGUGACGUUGUCCUGCCUCGCAGACGACACUGAACCCUUUUCCCCGGAGGAGAAGCCCAUCGCUUUCCCCCUGCCCAGGAGUAUUGGAAGUCACACCCUAAUGAUUGACAACAACACACUAGCUAGCUCCGAUCAGUACCUGGCGCAUCAAUUAACCCAAUUGGAGCCGUCGGAUCUGUCAAACUCGUACAUUCCGUACACUGACCCCGAGCCCGGUUUGAAUGAUUUGGGGGAGCCAAUGCAGUCUCUCCGUUUUCCGGUGGAGCCCACCAUGGCCGUUGCGGACAUAGGGGAGAUGGAAGGCUUAAUGAAGGGGGAUGAGCCAACUGUAAAGCAGUCCAAAGAGGAAGGGGACAAGAUUAGAACCACUGGGAGUAAUUUUGAAAGGACAAUCACUGUUGUCAAGGGCAACUCCAGUCUCGGGAUGACGGUGAGCGCCGUCAAGGAUGGCUUGGGGAUGCACAUCCGCAGCAUCAUCCACGGAGGCUCCAUCAGCCGAGACGGCCGUCUGGGGGUGGGGGACCUCAUCCUGGCCAUCAACGGCGAGCCCACGGCCAACCUGACCAAUACACAGGCCCGUGCCAUGCUCCGGAGACACUCCCUCAUUGGGCCAGACAUGGGAUCUGCUUGUGCACCAGAGGACGAUCUGUGCCCCUUUUAUGUCAUCACCUAUGUUCCCGUGGAGUAUCUGGAGGAGUACAAGGCCAGCCUGGAGCAGCCUAAAGAUGACAUCUUCUCUGAUGUUCUUCAGGCCCCAAAAAGAGAAAUCCCAGAACUCCCAGAGCGGGAGGAUGGAGAGGGAGAGGAGAGCGAGCUACAGAGUGCCACCUUCAGUAACUGGAACCAGCCCAGGAAGGUGGAGCUCAAAAAAGAAGCUGGCAAGUCCCUUGGCAUCAGCAUCGUGGGGGGCAGAGGAAUGGGCAGUCGCCUCAGCAACGGCGAGGUGAUGCGGGGCAUCUUCAUCAAACACAUCCUGGAGGACAGCCCCGCCGCCCGCAACGGAACCCUGAAGACUGGAGACAGGGUUGUUGAGGUGGAUGGCGUGGACCUGAGAGAUGCCAGUCACGAGCAGGCUGUGGAGGCCAUCCGCAGGGCAGGAAAUCCUGUAGUGUUCCUCGUCCAGAGUAUUGUCCACAGGCCCAGGAAGGCGCCCCUACCCUUUCUUCUGCGGCUAAACACCCACCCCGGAUCCAACCCACGACCCACUAAUCAAACCUCUGCCAGCUUAUUAUCUCCUGCCUCUCCGCUUCAGUCCUCAACCACGGACACCAACGAGGAGAGAGCGGCGGCCAUGGCACGGCGCAAUAGUGACAAGGAGGUUGAGAGUCACAGUAGACUAUUCCUACGCAUCUCCCCAACUAACCCUUUCACUCCUACUCCGUUUAAGCCACUAAAGAGGGAAGCGGGAAAGACAUCGUCCACCACUCCUCACCUCUCCCUUCCCGUGGUUCCCCACGUCGGAGAGACAGACACCGAUACCCUGACAGAGAUUCCCGACAGACAGGCCCAGGCGGAAGACGAGGAUGAGUUUGGCUACAGCUGGAAGAGCAUCAUUCAGCGCUACGGCAGCCUCCCGGGGCUGCUGCACAUGAUUGAGCUGGAGAAGGGGAAGACCGGCCUGGGCCUUAGUCUGGCUGGCAACCGCGACCGCUCUCGCCUGAGCGUGUUUGUGGUCGGGAUCGACCCCUGUGGCGCCGCCAGCAAAGAUGGUCGCAUUGUGGUUGGGGAUGAACUGUUGGAGAUCAACGGGCAGAUUCUGUAUGGGCGGAGUCACCAGAAUGCCUCCUCCAUCAUCAAAAGCGCUCCGUCGAAGGUCAAGAUCAUUUUCAUCAGGAACACAGAUGCUCUGAACCAGAUGGCUGUAGGACCAGUGAGGGAACGUGGAGACACCCUGGAGCCCCAGACAGAGCUAGAAACAUGUACUUCCAUUGCACCCUCGGCGAUCGAUGUCGACAUGUUCAAGUAUGUGCGGCACGUCAUUCUACCGAAGGAGGAGGGUGGAUUCGGCAUCACUUUCAGUGAGGAAGACCCCAAGAACGGGGUGGUGAUUCAGAGUAUAACUGAAAAAGGACCAGCAGGAAAGGACGGCAGCAUCAAAUCUGGAGAUAAACUCCUGGCUGUGGAGGAUGAACCAGUGGUGGGCUACACUGUGGAGAGGGUCCACUCUCUACUGGGGAACGCCAAAGGCUCAGUGAAGUUGACAAUCUGCACGAAUGAGUCAUUGCCCCUCCCUCCCUACUAUACUGAUCAGGCCACCAGCAUCCCUAGCAUCUACAUGGCUAACCUGGGCCAGCCUGAGUCAGAGCCAAUCAGGAGCUCAAGUCGCUCGUCCACCCCUGGCACUCUGGCCUCCUCUGACCCUGUGACCUGUCCCAUCAUCCCUGGCUGUGAGACCACCAUAGACAUCUCCAAAGGCCACACGGGCCUGGGCCUCAGCAUCGUGGGGGGCUGUGACACUCUAUUGGGGACCAUCAUCAUUCACGAGGUCUAUGAGGAGGGAGCUGCCUCCAAGGAUGGGAGACUUUGGGCUGGGGACCAGAUCCUGGAGGUGAAUGGCAUUGACCUGCGCGUGGCCACUCACGACGAAGCUAUCAACGUGCUACGGCAGACCCCUCAGCGGGUGCGUCUGAGCGUGUUCAGGGAUGAGGCCCAGUACAAGGAGGAGGACCUCUGGGAUGCCUUUACCGUGGAGCUGAACAAGAAGCCCGGCCAGGGCCUGGGCCUCAGCAUUGUGGGGAGGAGGAACGACACAGGGGUGUUUGUGUCGGACAUAGUGAAAGGGGGCGUGGUGGAGAUUGACGGGAGGCUGAUGCAGGGAGACCAGAUCCUGUCCGUCAACAAGGAGGAUGUCAGAAACGCCACCCAGGAGUCAGUGGCUGCACUGCUGAAGUGUGGUGUGGGACCCAUAGUGAUGGAGGUGGGCAGAUUUAAAGCCGGACCCUUCCACUCUGAGAGAAGGUUCUCACAGAGCAGUCAGAUGAGUGAAACGGGCAGCUGCAAGGUGACCCCUCACUCGCUUUCAGGCUCCUCUGGUAGCCUCCAGAUGGACUGUGACAGCGUACAACAUACAACACUGGACCACCAGGAGAUCAGAAGUGUUGAAUUCACAAAGGGUGUCACUGAUUCAUUGGGCAUCAGUAUUGCGGGUGGAGUGGGCAGUCCCCUGGGCGAUGUGCCUAUCUUCAUCGCCAUGAUGAACCCUACCGGCCUCGCUGCCCAGACACACAAACUCAAGAUCGGUGACAUGAUCGUCAGUAUCUGUGGGACCUCUACUGAGGGUAUGAGCCACAGCCAGGCCGUCACCCUGCUGAAGAAUGCCACCGGCACCAUCGAGCUGCAGGUGGUAGCAGGGGGUGAUACCACAGUGACCGGCCCGUCUCAGGAGCAAACUGCUGCCGGACUCUCAGUCUCCAGCCUUACUCCUACUAGCAUCUUCCACGACGACCUGGGACCUCCUCAAUAUAAGACCAUUACCCUGGCCAGGGGCCCAGAUGGCCUGGGCUUCAGCAUUGUUGGUGGCUUUGGAAGCCCACAUGGAGACCUGCCCAUUUAUGUGAAAACCGUGUUUGGAAAGGGGGCAGCGUCAGAGGACGGGCGUCUGAAGCGGGGGGAUCAGAUUAUGGCUGUUAACGGACAGAGUCUGGAGGGGGUCACCCACGAGGAGGCCGUGGGCAUCCUGAAGAGGACCAAGGGUACAAUUGCCCUCACUGUGCUCUCCUAGACACACACACACCUCACCCUACAUGCAUAGACAAAGACUCAUACCUUGGUGUAGACACACACACAUCCUAAUAUACUGUACAUGUAUUGAAAUGUGAACACACCCAUUCCUAAACUCUAACACGCUGACCAAACCGGAUGCGCGCUUGCGCCGUUGCGCGCACGUUGAUUUUGUUCACCCACACCAGAAGCGAUCAGGACACACAUGUUAAAAUAUCAAAACAAACUCUGAACCAAUUAUAUUAAUUUGUGGACAGGUCGAAAAGCAUUAAACAUUUAUGGCAAUUUAGCUAGCUAGCUUGCUGUUGCUAGAUAAUUUGUCCUGGGAUAUAAACAUCGGGUUGUUAUUUUACCUGAAAUGCACAAGGGCCUCUACUCCGACAGAUAAAACGGUAAACCAAAUUAGUUUCUCGUCAUCUCUCCUCCUUUCUUCAGGCUUCUUUUUGUUCUUUGGACUAUAUGGCGGUUGGCAACCAACUUUACGGUGCAUUACUACAACCGACUGGAGUGUGGACGUCAGUUUUAUCUUUCAAUCACCCACGUGGGUAUAUGCUCCUAAACGCCAAUGAGGAUAAAGAGGCGUGUAGCGCAUUGAGCUUGACAAAUAGAACCAACUUCUAUUUUAGCGCCUGGCUACGCAGACGCUAGCUGUUGCGCGCAAGCAGGGUGGGUGCAUUGAUUGAAUAACAGGUAUGUGUACAUUUAUUUUGCAACGCUCACACACGCGACGUGAGCAGUGUGGUCAGCAUGUAAGCUUGUUUUGAUCUUGUAUUGAGAAACACUGUGAUCCAUAUUAUUUGUUUUUACAAGAAGCUACUGCAGGUAGACUGAAAUAUUCACUGGACAAUGUGGCUCAGAUCUUUUAUACUCUAGUUUUCUAUGCUCAGACAUGGACUGUGUUAUUAUGAUAUUUAGGGUUAAGAGCCCUUUUAAACAAUAUCUGAAAAAUAUUGGUAGAAUAAGACCAUUAUUUAAAGCUGAUGCUACUGUAAACUGCUGUCCAUCCUCUUCUAUAGUGAAGUCACUGUCAUAUUUAAGUCUAGACUCUAGACUGAAUAACAUUUGAAUAACGUUUUGUUUGUGACGCAAACCACCUUUUCAGAAGUGAAAUGAUCUUAAAGCUUUGGUUUCUUGGCCAGAAGUUCUACAGACCAAGUAUCUAAGUGUGUGGACGUGGUCACACACUCAGGGAAAGGAGAGGGUGUGUAUGAGACGUAAUGUACUUCUGCUAAUGCAUUGCAAGUAUUGUUUCACAGUAUUUUACCGUUCAAGUAUUACCUAUUUUUUUUUGUCAUUUUUUUGUCAUUUUUUGGUCACUUUAUCAUAAUAUGAUAGUAGGUGAAGGAAACCAGCUUAUAUGGUCCAUCUCAGCUGUCUCCAACCUGGAGAGUUACUGCAGCCUUUUGCUCAAACCUAGCACAGCUGUUUCACAUAAUCAACCGUUGACAGUUUUCAAUAUGGACAACAAUUAGCCGAAUCAAGUGUGUUAGUGUGUAUUUAGUUUGAGCUCCCUAAUUCAUUUCAAACCAUUAGCUAGAUACCCCAUGUUCUAGUUUCACAACAAUGGAUCCCUUUUUUAACAUGGCGUCAGUCACACUCCUACAGAUGUAGGGUCUUAAUUUGAGCCAGAGAAAAUAAUCCUGCAGCAACAGGAAAUGUGAAUUAUUAUGUGGAUUAUAAUUAAUGGACAUUUUUGUAGGUGUUUCCAAGUGGAAAUUACAAACUUCAGAAGCCUUUUUAAACCUCAAAUACACUACACAUUUAAAAUGUCCUGCAUUGCAGGAAAGUUCUCCAACAACAGGGUGAUCAAAUUAAGAUCCUAUAUUACAAUACAUGUGUACUUAGUUAAGUACAUCCAGCACAGUAUUGAGUUGUUCAGAGGCUGAAUUAAUAAAAGUUACCUUCAAGCCCCA